AAAAAAAGUGAUGAGUUCUUGCAAAAUAUCCAUUGAAUUCUUGGAAAACAUUGUCCCUAAAUCUUGGUUUACUUGGUGAAAAAAAACCGGCUUUAUCAAUUUGUUCGAAAGAUUGGGCUGAAAAGGCUAUGUUUCCGUGCUAUGUUUCUUAAAGAAAGUAAAAAAAGCGAAUGUGACAUUAACCAAAACAAUAACAAAAGAUUAAAAUUUCACAAUUUAAUUGAUUAAAAUGUCCAUAUUAGUUGAAAAUAAUUUGAUUAAGAAAGAAAAUGAAGAUAUUUUUGAACAGAAAUCUCAUUAUAUACCUUGUAAGAUUGAACAGGAUGGUUCUGCUAACGUAAAGAAAUAUUUUGACCCUUACAUCGUAGAAAACAAUUCACAAGAACUAUCAGCAACGUUUCGGGGGCAUCCUCUUGACGGUACACAGAUGACAUUUCCGGAGGGCUACCGAGCUGUCUUAGUAACUGAGACGAAGAGACCUUUAACUGAAGAUGCUGAAAGAAAAUUCCAGGUGACAGGGGGCUUCAAGAACUUCACGUAUUGGAAUUGGGAUAAGAAACCAUCGAAGAACGAUGAUUUAUGUAAAGCCAUGGACUGGAUUGAGAUUGCGGAAGCGAUACAUGGCGAUUGACGAGUGUUAUUUUAUUGCUUUUUUUUCUAUUAAACUGACAUUUGUUGAAUGAAAAA